AUGACAAACAACACGGAUGAGAAUCAAUUGGAAGUUUACUUUCUCUUGCUUUCCGAUUUCUUCCUGUAUUUCCCAUCUUCCAUAAAUUUACAACGUUCCCAAACCCACUUUACCCCACUUUUCACUCCAUAUUUCUAUUUUGUCUUCUUUUCCCACUCCUAUUUUUCUCUUCAAAUCUCUUUUGAGUUUAUCUACUUCUUUUUCCUCUCCACUAUCUAUCGUACUUCCCAUCUUGACUCUCUUAGGGUAGCCUUACUUUAUGCAAGUAGCCUUACUUUCUUGAAAGUCUAUACUCUCUAUUUUCUCUUUCAAUAUGUUUCUUUUCUUCGAUUCUUUAUAAUCACUUAUCUUCUAUUUAUUUGUCUCUUUCUAUUCUACUCUCUUCUCUUUAAAACCAUCUCUUUCCAGUCAAUUUUCUUUCCCUUAUUUCAGGCUCUUAAUGUUAUUCCCUUUCUAUUCAAGUCACUUCCGUUUCCUCUCCUCGUUCAAUUCAAUGUCUUCUCUUUAUUCUCCCCUUUCUAUUCAAAUCUUGUUCUUUCUUCUCCUCUUUCUAUUCAAGUCACUUCUCUUUAUUCUCCUCUUUCUAUUCAAGUCUCUUCUCUUUAUUCUCCUCUUUCUGUUCAGAUCGCUACCUUUUAUUCUCCUCUUUCUAUUCAAGUCUAUUCUCUUUAUUCUCUUCUUUCUAUUCAAAUCUCUUCCUUUUAUUCUCUUUCUAUUCAAGCCUUCUGUUUAAUCUUUUCUUUCUAUUCUGCUCUCUUAUCUUUAUUACUUUCCUCUUUCUAUUCUACUGUCUUCUCCCUUAUCCUUCCAGUCUCUUAUCUUCGCUGA